UGUUUUGCCCACCAACUUCAAUUGGUAUGUGUGGCCGUGUGCAAGACAAAUCAAUAUGUUUGUGAUUUUUUCAGUUAUCUUAUCUCGAUUGUCACAACAUGUGGUUCUUCUUGCAAAAGGGCUGAUAUGAUUCGACAAAUUGAGCACGAUAGACUAGUUGAAAUGAUAGAGAAUGGGGAAAUCGGUACUGGUAGAGGCCAAAAUCAAGAAACUUCUUUGAAGAGACCAGGUGAUACUCGAUGGGGAUCUCAUUAUGUCACCGUGAUUCGUCUUGCAAAUAUGUGGCAGUCAGUAACCGAAGUACUUGAAAACGUACUUGUUGAUGGAGAAGAAUAUGAAACAAGGGGCAAAGCUGUAGGUCUCGUACAGAAAAUGGAGACUUUUGAAUUUGUAUUCAUCCUUAUGUUGAUGAAACAUUUGUUGGGGGUUAUUCAACCAUUGUCUUGUGCCUUGCAACAAAGAGAUCAAGAUAUUUUAAAUGCGAUUUUCUUGAUAGAGAAUGUGAAAGAAAGCUUGAGAUCAUUUCGAGAAUUUGGAUGGGAUACUUUCUUGCAAGAAGUGAAUGAUUUUUGUGGGGCAAAUGACAUUUCAAUAACAAACAUGGAUGAUGAUGCUCCAAAGCGGAUUAGUAAGAGGAAUGGUUCAAACAUCAAGAACUACCAUCAUUAUCGCGUUGAAAUAUUUUGUCAGGUCGUCGACUUACUUACACAAGAGAUGGAAAAUCGUUUCUCUGAGGCAUCCACAGACUUGCUAAGUUGUAUGGCAUGCCUCGAUCCAAAAAAUGAUUUCGCUGCUUUUAAUGUUCAUAAGCUUGUUCAUCUUGCUACUCUUUACCCAAAGGACUUCACAUCGACUCAACAUACUGAAUUGUUUAAACAACUUGAAACUUUUGUUGAUGUUGUGAGAAGAGAUGCACGAUUGAAUGGUAUUGAAGAUUUGGCUAGCCUAUCUCAGAAGAUUGUUGAAACCAAGAAAGAUAAAGUUUUUCCGUUGGUUUAUCGUCUGAUUGAGUUGGUAUUGAUCUUACCUGUAGCGACUGCAUCUGUUGAAAGAGUAUUUUCAGCAAUGAAAUUUGUCAAGACUGACUUGCGGAAUAGGAUGGGAGAUGAGUGGUUGAAUGACAGUUUGGUAGUAUACAAUGAAAGAUCCAUCUUUGCUAGUGUUUCUAAUGAAAGAAUCUUGAAACGUUUUCAAGAUAUGGAUACCCGUAGAAAUCAGUUGUCUCGGUUAACAGAUGCUAGAGCUACUUGAAUUGUAAUAGACUUUCAUUUUGCUAAAAAAACAUAUUGAA